UGCUGUUCUCCUAUUUCUAUAAAAGGUUGCAGUUCAUAGAGAGCUGUCACUGUAGAGUUGAGAGAGAAGAAAUUGUCACAUUCUUGUUCAUCACCAUCUGCUGUCCACCAUGAUACGGACAGGCACAGGAUUUGGAGACGCCGGGCUGCCGGUGCGUGCUGAUGAUGUGAUGACGCUGCUCAGCCACGUUGCCACAGUGAAGGGCAUGAAAGCUGCUGUCUCCCAAUCUGGCCGGGGAGCCAUGCUCACAGGGGCAUCAGCAUUUGUGGGGGGGAUGCUGGGAGGCCCUCCUGGAAUUGCUGUAGGAGGAGCAGUGGGUGGAUUGCUUGGAUGGAUGACUUCUGGACAGUUCAAGUCAGUCCCUCAGAUUUUAAUGGAAUUGCCUGCUGCUGAGAAGGAGAAGCUCUGUGCUGAAGCCAUGGCUGUUGUCAAGAACUUAGACUGGACUGAUGCUGCUCAGCUGAUUGCUCUUGUAAUGUCAAAUUCUGCUCUCACAGAAAAGGUAUUAGGAGUGCUGACCACUUUCCUUACCAAUGAGUUAAAAGCACAACUAAAAUAUGCAGAAUAAUCCUCUACAGAGCAGGAUUUUUAUGCUGAAUUGCAUAUUAUUCCCACAGUUGUGAAUCUUCUCCAAUUAUCAGUACGUAUUAUAAAUAUAUGCUGAUCUAAGUUUGGGGUGUUCAGUUUUGGUAUUUGGGGGUUUUAAAAUUUUUAUCAUUUAUUAUUAUCAUUUUGCUUUGUGUGAAUUUGUAAAGAUAGUAUUAGAUUACUGCAUUAUCCUGACACUGACUUGCUAUGUAAUUUUGGAUUGCCCUGCACUAGGACUAAUUCAAAUUGCUGAAGGGAAUCAUGAUAUUCUCAGGCUAAUGUGUCACUUGUGAAAAUUUUCAAAGUAAUUUUGUUUUAUUUUGGAGAAUUAAUUAUAUUUGUUUAAGUGCUUUAAUUUUUUUCCCUGUGAAUGACACACAAGGUGCCAAAGUAGCUGGGGCACUGAAGAAUUUUACCUGUUGUUUGUUUCAGCCCUGCAUAGGAAAGUUUUAUAAGGAAGUAAAUUACUGUGAACUCAAAAGACUCAGUCCAUAUUUUGUCACAUUUUAAUUGUAAUUCUUGAGGUAUCCUUUUAUUUAAGAAGUGAAGCAAAUACUUAAACAAGAUUUCAAGUAACAGGAAAGCAAAACUGUGAACCUUUCAAUUCAGUUUUCACCAGGCUCCUGUGCCCUAGGAUGGGAGGGUGGGACAUUAAAAAAUGGGGAGCUGAAUCUGCCAGUUUUAUAUGAGCCCCAGGAUGAAGGUUGUCAUUUGAGCCUUGGUUUCUGGACUGAGUCUGUACAGCUGGUCCUGUGUUUUCAUUAAAAUCUUAAUAAGAAACCUCCUCUUGAUCUGUGUGUUGCUCAAACGAAAGGAAGCCUUCAGGAGCUGAGGCAGGCCUGCAGUGGCAGCCAGCAGCUGGCAGCAGCAGCGCUGCUGGGCUGGGGUGAUGUGCCAGCUGCAUUGUUACUGUCAGCUCCAAAUGCUGUGGGGCUGAGUGUCCUGGCCAGUUGGUCACACUGGGUUUGAAGGCCCUCAUAAGACAAGUUUGUAGGUAGGAAGAUGGGCAGGUGUGCCUUCUUUUUAUGUAUAGACACAACUGAAACUGUUCUGCCAAGUUCAUUUUUUUGCCUGAAAUAAAGAUCUAUCUGUU